AUGACUACGAAUAAGAAACACAAAUUUUUUCUGUUUGACGUCGAUGGAACUUUGACUCACUCUAGAAAACCGAUCGACCAAAAUAUGGUUGGCAUUUUGUUAGAACUGAAGUCGAGGGACAAAAAUUCCAUAGGAGUAGUAGGAGGCUCUGAUUAUAAAAAAAUCAUAGAACAAAUAAAACACCCCGAGAUGUUUGAUUAUAUAUUCUCUGAAAACGGUGUAGUGGCACAUAAGAACAACGAGCAGUAUUUUUCGGAGAGUAUAACCAGUUUUUUGGGAGAGGAGAAAUUAAAAAAGGUGAUAAAUUAUUGCUUGGUAUAUAUUGCUAAUUUGGAUAUACCAAAGAAGAGAGGUACAUUUGUGGAAUUACGAAAGGGGAUAAUAAACAUUAGUCCUAUUGGUAGGAAUUGCUCUCAGGAAGAGAGGGAAGAAUUCUGUGCAUAUAAUUUAGAGAAGGAUGUUAUUAAAACUUUUCGCUUAAACCUGAUGAAUGAGUUCAAGGAUUUUAACUUGACGUUUUCCAUUGGGGGACAGAUAUCGAUAGACUGCUUUCCAACAGGGUGGGACAAGACAUUUUGCUUAAGACACAUCGAAGGGAUAUUCAGCGAAAUUUAUUUUUUUGGUGAUAAGACGGAAAAGGGAGGAAAUGACUACGAACUAUUUAACGACAAAAGGGUGCGAGGCUACUCAGUCACAUGCCCAGCGGAUACUAUACAAGUUAUAAGGACGUUUUUAGACACAUGA